CCAUAUUAAGUGAUUGUGCGAUGUGACUUUAAAAAUUUCUAGAAGACAUAAUAAUUAAAUUUGGUUCAAACUUCCAAAAGCAGUGAUUGUGUUACCUAUUUUCUUUUGCUCUGCAAAUGAGAUAAAGAGAAAAUAAUAGCGCCAAAAGCAAACAAAAAUCAGUUGCGUAUCGUCUCUCGGAGUGAUCAGUGGUAUGGCCAGCAGAAAAAAUAUAGACUUAUCAAGGGAUUCCGACCUUCAAAUGGUCUUGGACAUACUUGAGAAUUCCGAUGCUAGCUUUUCAUCUGACGAUGAUCUCGAAAAUGACUGCUUAACGCUGGAACAAAUGGAAGAAAGUGACAGUUCAGAUGAAGAUGACUCUGAAAGAGAUUUAAUUCCAGAAAAUUUCGUAAUUAAUCAAAAAGCCACUACAUCACAAAGAACUGAUCUUUGGAAAAAAAAGGAAUUCGUGGUUCACGAUAUUCCUAUCGUGCAGGGCUGUGAGAAUUUCGUUGAACUUGGAACACCUCUUAAUUACUUUUCGAAGUAUUUCACAGAAACCCAUUACACGGAUGCGGUUAAAUAUACCAAAAUGUAUACUCUUGCGACAUCUGGCACCGAAAUGAGCUUAACCGAAACCGAGUUAAAAAAUUUUUAUGGCUGUGCCAUUAUAAUGUCCUGUCUAGGUUAUCCACAAAUGAAAAUGUAUUGGGAAGACAACUAUAGGUGCGAAAUAAUUGCUGCCUCCAUGUCAAGGAAUAAAUUCAUGAGAUUUAGAAACACCAUUCAUUUUGUUGAUAACAACAAACCAAGCGAAACGAAUAAGCUAUGGAGAGUUCAGCCCGUGAUUGACCUGGUAAGAAGCCGAUGCAAUGAACUAGCGUCUGCGGUUACUUCAUACUCUAUUGAUGAGCAAAUAGUCCCGUUUACUGGUAGAUGCCCAGCCAGGCAAGUCAUCAGGUCAAAACCACGCCCUGUGGGUUUGAAGAAUCUGGUUUGUGCUACCUCUGAUGGACUUGUCGUUGAUUUUGAAGUAUUUCAAGGGGCUGGAACUUUUCCUGACUGUGGACUGGGUCAUGGUCCAUCAAUUGUUUUAAGACUUACUAAGUGUCUACCAAAAGGAAGUCAUCUUUAUUUCGAUAGAUUUUUUACCACCAUACCCCUUUUGGAGAAAUUGCAAGAUAUUGGAUUCAAGGCGACAGGCACCAUAAUGGGUAAUCGCUUAGGAAAAAGAAUUAAUUUUCCAGCAGACAAAGCUAUGGCGCGUGGCGAUAUGCACCAAUUUGUUAAAGAUGACAAUGUAGCUGUUGUUAAAUGGUGUGAUACAAAAUGUGUUACAAUUGCCUCAACAGCAUGUGGAAAAGACCCGAUCGGCGAAGUAAAUCGUUGGGUGCGAAAUCUAAAACGACGGUUGCCAGUCCCAAUUCCCGCUGUUGUCCAAUUAUAUAAUUCUAAAAUGGGUGGAGUCGAUAUAGCUGACCAAAUGAUGGAAUACUAUCGCAUUAAAACGAAAACUAGAAAAUGGCCAGUCAAAGUUUUCUUUCAUUUUCUUGAUUUGGCAAUAUACAAUAGCUGGAUGGAAUAUAGAAAAGCCGCAAAGACGCUCGGUGUUGCGAGAAAUAAGAUGAAAAAGUUUCUUGAUUUUAAAAUGGAGAUCGGCGAAGUCCUGGCAAAGUACAAAGGUUCUCCAUUGGAAGUAUCACCAUUCGAGUUGCCCGAGGACUAUCAUGGAA